GGCCGGCCCAGCCAGUCAUCCAGUCUUGCGCCACGGUCGCGAGAUUCGUGUUUCUCUCAAGAUGGUGGCGCUCGGCUCCGGGUGACUACAGGAGACGACAGGCCCUUUUCGCCUUCGCCUGAACCUCGCCGCAGUGCCUGCGCUCGCUCGCUCACGCACCCUGCCGCGCAGCCGUCCGCCGCCGCCUCACACGUCCCUUCUGCCGACUUGGUCGCGGGCGGUGGCGCCUCCCUCCGCUCCUCCUUGGAGAAGCUCGCGGCCCUCGCCCCCUGCUGUGGAUACUCCGCGGCAGCCGCUCAUCCGCGCCGACUCUAAGGCUGCCAAGGCGCCCGGCUUCCCGGCCUCGGUUUCCAGAGGAGGAAGCGCGGGUCCCGCAUGAGCCCCGGCGGUGGCGCCAGCGAAAGGGAACGAGGCGGUGGCGGGCGGAGGCGGCGGACGAGGGCGACAACGACCGGAGAGGCGGCCGCACCUGCGAGGGCCGCAGCCCAGGCACGGGGGCGACGACAGAUCACCAGGAGAACCUCAGUCUGACGACAUUGAAGCUAGCCGAAUGAAGCGAGCAGCUGCAAAGCAUCUAAUAGAACGCUACUACCACCAGUUAACUGAGGGCUGUGGAAAUGAGGCCUGCACGAAUGAGUUUUGUGCUUCCUGUCCAACUUUUCUUCGUAUGGAUAACAAUGCAGCAGCUAUUAAAGCCCUCGAGCUUUAUAAGAUUAAUGCAAAACUCUGUGAUCCUCAUCCUUCCAAGAAAGGAGCAAGCUCCGCUUACCUUGAGAACUCAAAAGGUGCACCUAACAACUCUGAGAUAAAAAUGAACAAGAAGGAAGGAAAAGGAAAUAGAAUUGAUUUUAAAGAUGUGACUUACCUAACUGAAGAACUAGUAUAUGAAAUUCUUGAAUUAUGUAGAGAAAAAGAGGAUUAUUCCCCUUUAAUCCGUGUUAUUGGAAGAGUUUUUUCUAGUGCUGAGGCAUUGGUUCAGAGCUUUCGGAAAGUCAAACAACACACCAAGGAAGAACUGAAAUCUCUUCAAGGAAAAGAUGAAGACAAGGAUGAAGAUGAAAAGGAAAAGGCUGCAUGUUCUGCUGCUGCUAUGGAAGAAGACUCAGAAGCAUCUUCCUCAAGGAUAGGUGACAGCUCACAGGGUGACAACAAUGUACAAAAAUUAGGCCCUGAUGAUGUGUCUGUGGAUAUUGAUGCUAUUAGAAGAGUCUACACCAGCUUGCUGUCUAAUGAAAAAAUAGAAACUGCCUUUCUCAAUGCUCUUGUAUAUCUGUCACCCAAUGUGGAAUGUGACUUGACAUAUCAUAACGUGUACUCCCGAGAUCCUAAUUAUCUGAAUUUGUUCAUUAUUGUAAUGGAAAAUAGAAAUCUCCACAGUCCUGAAUACCUGGAAAUGGCAUUGCCAUUAUUUUGCAAAGCUAUGAGCAAGCUACCCCUUGCAGCUCAAGGAAAACUGAUUAGACUGUGGUCUAAAUACAGUGCAGACCAGAUUCGGAGAAUGAUGGAAACAUUUCAGCAACUUAUUACCUACAAAGUCAUAAGCAAUGAAUUUAACAGCCGAAAUCUAGUGAAUGAUGAUGAUGCCAUUGUUGCUGCCUCAAAAUGUUUGAAAAUGGUUUACUAUGCAAAUGUAGUGGGAGGGGAAGUGGACACAAAUCACAAUGAAGAAGAUGAUGAAGAGCCCAUUCCCGAGUCCAGUGAAUUGACACUUCAGGAGCUUUUGGGAGAGGAAAGAAGAAAUAAGAAAGGUCCUCGAGUGGACCCACUAGAAACUGAACUUGGUGUUAAAACUCUAGAUUGUCGAAAACCACUUAUCUCUUUUGAAGAAUUCAUUAAUGAACCACUGAAUGAUGUCCUAGAAAUGGAUAAAGAUUAUACAUUUUUCAAAGUAGAAACAGAGAACAAAUUCUCUUUUAUGACCUGUCCCUUUAUAUUGAAUGCUGUCACUAAGAAUUUGGGAUUAUAUUAUGACAAUAGAAUUCGCAUGUAUAGUGAACGAAGAAUCACUGUUCUCUACAGUUUAGUUCAAGGACAACAGUUGAAUCCGUAUUUGAGACUCAAAGUCAGACGUGAUCAUAUCAUAGAUGAUGCCCUUGUCCGGCUAGAGAUGAUUGCUAUGGAAAAUCCUGCAGACUUGAAGAAACAGUUAUAUGUAGAAUUUGAAGGAGAACAAGGAGUGGAUGAAGGAGGUGUUUCCAAAGAAUUCUUCCAGUUGGUUGUGGAGGAAAUCUUCAAUCCAGAUAUUGGUAUGUUCACAUAUGACGAAGCUACAAAAUUAUUUUGGUUUAACCCAUCUUCUUUUGAAACUGAGGGUCAGUUUACUCUGAUUGGCAUAGUCCUAGGUCUGGCUAUUUACAAUAACUGUAUACUGGAUGUACAUUUUCCCAUGGUUGUCUACAGGAAGCUAAUGGGGAAAAAAGGAACUUUUCGAGACUUGGGAGACUCUCACCCAGUUUUAUAUCAAAGUUUAAAAGACUUACUGGAGUAUGAAGGGAAUGUAGAAGAUGAUAUGAUGAUCACUUUCCAGAUAUCACAGACAGAUCUUUUUGGCAACCCAAUGAUGUAUGAUCUAAAGGAAAAUGGUGAUAAAAUUCCAAUUACAAAUGAAAAUAGGAAGGAAUUUGUCAAUCUUUAUUCUGACUACAUUCUCAAUAAGUCAGUAGAAAAACAAUUCAAGGCGUUUCGCCGAGGUUUUCAUAUGGUGACUAAUGAAUCUCCUUUAAAGUAUUUAUUCAGACCAGAAGAAAUUGAAUUGCUUAUAUGUGGUAGUAGGAAUCUAGAUUUCCAGGCACUAGAAGAAACUACAGAAUAUGACGGUGGCUAUACCAGAGACUCUGUUGUGAUUAGGGAGUUCUGGGAAAUUGUUCAUUCAUUUACAGAUGAGCAAAAAAGACUCUUCUUGCAGUUUACAACAGGCACAGACAGAGCACCUGUUGGAGGAUUAGGAAAAUUAAAGAUGAUUAUAGCCAAAAAUGGCCCAGACACAGAAAGGUUACCUACAUCUCAUACUUGCUUUAAUGUCCUUUUACUUCCGGAAUAUUCAAGCAAAGAAAAACUUAAAGAGAGAUUGUUGAAGGCCAUCACGUAUGCCAAAGGAUUUGGCAUGCUAUAAAAAAAAAAAAAAAAAAAAAAAAAAGGAAAAGAGGAAAAAAAAGUUUUAAAAAAUUUAAUAAAUAUAAUAAGAGGGAUAAUUUGGUGGUGAUAGUGUCCCAGUGCAAAAAGGCUGUAAGAUAGUGAACCACAGUAGUCAUCUAUGUCUGUGCCUCCCUUCUUUAUUGGGGACAUUGUGGGCUGGAACAGCAGAUUUCAGCUACAUAUAUGAACAAAUCCUUUAUUAUUAUUAUAAUUAUUUUUUUGCGUGAAAGUGUUACAUAUUCUUUCACUUGUAUGUACAGAGAGGUUUUUCUGAAUAUUUAUUUUAAGGGUUAAAUCACUUUUGCUUGUGUUUAUUACUGCUUGAAGUUGAGCCUUUUUGAGUAUUUAAAAUAUAUAUACCAACAAAACUACUCUCCCAAGGAAAACAUUGCCACCAUUUGUAGACCAUGUAACCUUCAAGUAUGUGCUAAUUUUUUGUCCCUGUAUCUAACUCAAAUCAGGAACUGUAUUUUUUUUUAAAUGAUUUGCUUUUGAAACUUGAAGUCUUAGAAACAGUGUGAUGCAAGUACUGCUGUUCUAGCCCCCAAAGAGUUUUCUGUACAAAAUUUUGAGAAUCAAUGAAGAUGGAAGGGAGAACUUGGAAUGUUUGAACCGCAGCCCUUGGAACUUUAGUAACAGCACAACAGAUUAAAACAACUCAUGCCACAGUAUGUUGUCUUCAUGUGUCUUGCAAUGAACUGUUUCGGUAGCCAAUCCUCUUUCUUAGUAUAUGAAAGGACAGGGAUUUUUUUUGUUGUUGUUGUUAUUGUUGGUCUUGUUUUAAGUUUACUGGGGAAAGUGCAUUUGGCCAAAUGAUAGGGUAGUCAAGCCUAUUACAACAAAGUUUGUUGUUUAUUAUAAACAAGCAUGUGAAAGUGCACUUAAAAUAAACCUUUAAUUACUUAUUACCUAGAUUUUAAAUAGACAAUCCAAAGUGUCCCCUUCAUGUUGCCAUCAUCUUGUUUAAUCAACUUUUUUCAAGGCACCUGAUCAGUGUUGCAGUAUAACAGAAAGGAUGGCUACUGUGCCUUGUGUUACUUAGUCAUACAGUAAGCAGGCCUUGAAAUGAAUGGAACUAUUACUCCUGAGAAUUACAUUGUAUAUCCCCAAAGAUUAAAUUUUACUUAAGAAAGUGUUAAAGAUUUCAUCUACUACAAAAAGUACAAAUAGGUUUAAAUGACUGGAUAUUUAAAGUAGUAGUUUCCCAUUCCUAGUCUUCUGUAUCUAUGAUGUUAAUUUCUUUUGUUGCAUUAUAAAAUAAAAGGAUUAUGUAUUUUUAACUAAGGAGAGACAUAUUGGUAUAUCAUUUUACUACAAGCUACAGCUAACCUGCUGAGCUUGUGCCUUGAUUGUUUUAACAAUUAGUGCAAAUCAACCUGAUGCUUUAAAAUGACUGGGGGAAAAAAUGCAGCUUUCAAAUCACUGGAGGGGGAAAAAGGAUGUCUUUCAGGAUUAUUUUAAUUAUUGUAGUAAUUGAGACAGAACUAUUAUUUUCUGUAAUGCUAAAUAAUGUGGUGGCAUUUUUAAAAACCAUAAUUUAAUGGGAAAAAAGAACACAGUGCUUUCCAUAUUGUGAUAAGGUAACAUGGGGUUUUUCUGGGCCAGCCUUUAGCACACUGUUUAGAUAUGUAUGCUACCUUGAUGCAAGGAACGCUCAAUGUGACUGUGGUCAUCUUAAAGGGCCUCUCAUCCACUGUGCUUCUUAUGUAUUAUGAAAGUGAUAAUAGGAGAAAUUAAAUGGGGACAUUUUAUAAAAUAAAUUCAUGAAGAAAUUUGUGCUCUUCAGUUCUCCAGUUUUAUGAUCACUACAGUGUUGAAGUAGUUGCAAUAGUAUAUUUGUGUGAAGCAUUUUUAAAUGAUGAUAUAGGCUAUCAGACAGAAGUAACACCAAUAUAUUUAAUAGACCCACCCUUAAAUUUUUUAUGAGAAAAAAAAUCACUGCUCUCACUUGCUUACUAAUUAGUUUUUCUGGGCAUAAUAGCACAUUAUUAUGACUGCCUUUUCAUUACUGCUUUAUUAGAAUGUCAUGGAAUAGGAUCUUAAGAACAAAAGAAAACCUUUUAGUAUUGUAGAACAUUUCAAACAUACAACAUAAAAGCACAACCUGCAGCCAAACUUUUCUGGAGCCUGACAGCUGCAGCAAAUAAAUGAGUGUCUGUAUAUACUAUGGUCUUAGUUAAUUGUGUGAUAAAAUCCAGUUAAAAUUUAUCUUUAUAUCCCCCUGUAGGGAGGUAUACAUCAAAAGGAAACCUGAAAAUGAGGCUUCUAAGCAGAGAACUUGCUCACAUUACUCAUUCCUCCUUGACACAAGUGUCUUAUUAGAAAGGACAUAACUUGUAAUUGGGCAGCACCACUCCCUGUUUCCACAAGAAAAUGACUGUGCUGAGAUUUCAAGCCUUUUUAAAGAUUUUCAUAAGAAUACAUACAAAGCUAUUCGAGAACAAAGUGUUUUUCUAAUGCUACUCAUCAUGAAGUUUAUCCCCUUAGCUGCUUAUCUCAAAGUUAUUAUUUCUGAUCUUAACAUUAGCCACUCUCUAAAGACUUUAUCUUCCCCGCCCUUCCUUGGGCCACCAGAAUUUUACAAAAAUAGUAACUGUCACAUGCUGCUUCUCUUGUCUUUCCUCCUCUUGAUGUUAGAAUGUAAAGAAAUCCUUCAAUUUAGGGAGGAAAGUGUUUACAAGGAUAGAGUCCCUCCAAGGCCCUUUUUUGCCCCCUUCUGCAUUCAGAUCAAUGAAUUAACUAACUUUUGUUAACAAUUAGAGGACAGUUUAGAUGCAGAUGCGGACUACAUUUCACUGUGUGAAAGCUGCUCAUUCAGUGAUAUUUCACUGAAAAUUUACAAGGAUUCUCAUAUUCUCCUAUUUGCCAAAAUUAAGAAAUCCUGUCUUAAAUCUUGGUAACACGGUAAAAUUGGGCUACUGUUUCAACUGCUUGUUUUUUUGUUUUGUUUUGUUUUUUUGUUUUUUUUUGUUUGUUUGUUUGUUUUUUGUUUUUUUCCUACCCCAGGCAAUCUAGAUCUCUUCUGAUUCUACUUAAAUUUCUUGUCUAAACUUUCUGGUCAACCUCAAUAACUCCCCAGAAUUCUUCUCCAGCUGUGUUUCUUCUCAGACCUCUCUCUAGGAAGUCUUCCUGAUUCCUCAAAGUCAGUACACCUGAAAACAAAAUUCCAAAUGUGUCUCUCCUGUCCAUUCUUUAUUGCUUUCUUAAAAACUAUUCCUUUCAGGGGCUGGUGGGGUGGCUCAAUUGGGUAAAGUCGCUUGCCAUGCAAAGCUUGGUGACCUGAGUGUAAUCCCUGAAACCCAUGUAAAAGUGGAACGAGAGAGCAGCUCCAACAAAGUUGUCCUCUGAUCUUUAUGUGUGUGCCAUGGUAAUGAUCCCCCCCCCCAAUCAUACACACUUCUGCUAAUAAUACAUUGUAAAAAAAAAAAAAAAAAAAA